GCUCAGCUAGAGCGAACACAGGCACCUAGACAAGUUUCCCCUGAAGAAGCCAAGGUCGUCCUCCUUGUCAUAUUAAUCGUCUUUCCUCUACCUUGGAGGGACCCUCAACUUGCUCCCUGACUUCAGCCUCCUACCCAAAGCUGCUGAGGAGUGAGUGACCUGCUUCUGGGCCUCCAUCCGCACAGCCACUGACUUCCAGCCCGUAGGCCUCUAGCCCAGGCCCCCGCGCCCUCACCAUGGUGAAGUUGCUGCCUGCCCAGGAGGCAUCCAAGAUCUACCAUACCAACUAUGUAAGGAACGCGAGGGCGAUUGGUGUGAUGUGGGGCACGCUCACCAUCGUCUUCUCCAUACUGGUCAUGGCCCUCUUCAUCCAGCCAUACUGGAUUGGUGACAGUGUCAACACACCCCAGGCAGGCUACUUCGGCCUUUUCUCCUACUGUGUGGGCAACGUGCUGUCCUCAGAACUCAUCUGCAAGGGUGGCCCACUGGACUUCGGCAGCAUCCCCUCUAGAGCUUUCAAGACCGCCAUGUUCUUUGUGGCCUUGGCCAUGUUCCUCAUCAUUGGCUCCAUUAUCUGCUUCAGCCUGUUUUUUGUCUGCAACACGGCCACGGUCUACAAGAUCUGCGCAUGGAUGCAGCUGGCUGCGGCCACAGGUCUGGCGAUUGGCUGCCUGGUCUACCCAGAUGGCUGGGACUCAAGCGCGGUGCGAGGCAUGUGUGGGGAGCAGGCGGGCAAGUACACCCUGGGCCAGUGCACCAUUCGCUGGGCCUUCAUGCUGGCCAUCCUGAGCAUCGGAGACGCCCUCAUUCUCUCGUUUCUGGCCUUCGUGCUGGGCUACCGGCAAGAUAAGUUGCUCCCUGAUGACUACAAGGCCGAUGGACAAGAGGAAGUCUGAAGCCGCUGAAGGGUCGGUCAUCUACUUCCCUGACAAUGGAAAAUUAGGGAUAGAAUUCUCCAGAGAGAAAAACGUGUUCCUGCCACGCAUCCCUGCCCCUGGCUACUGGAAGCUUGAAGCUCCGAAGUCUUUCAUUAUAGGAGUAGGAUUAGAAUCUGGCAGUCUCCUGAGACGAGACCUCCUACUGUCUCCAGAAAACUUUCAGGCGACGCAGAACUGCAGUGACCCACAUCAAAGAUACUCAGAGACAUGGGUGGUAUUCUCCUGACCAGGGACCCAAGUUCUCUUCCUAUCCCUUCAUACUCGAAAAUUACUGGACCCUCUCAAGGCCUCACCUGUAAAACGAGGUGGAAUGAGUCCCUGUCUAGCGGCCCCCUGGUCUGUGUCUCCGACAGCCUAAUUAACGGAGGAUGCCCUCCUUUGAAGGCACAGCAGAAACUGCCACCGGCUAUCAAGGGCAACUGAAGAGAGGUGGCUGUGAGCGUGCUGGGUUAUUUCAGGUGGAGGUUUAGGGCAGCCUGUGCCUUUCCUUAACCAAUACACUCUGACAGCAUUUUGUGUUUUUUUAUGAUGCUCAUAGGUGGAGAAGGCAUAGAGAGGCUCCCAGAACCUGACCCAUCAGGAAGUUUAAUAAAGAUUGGGUGAAUGUAGGAUCUAAACACUUAGGAGACUAAAUUGACUAUUUUCCCCUUUGGAACCCCAAAUCACGUUUCUUCAUAGUACCCACACUGAUCCAAUCUGAACUGGCUAUGAAAUUCAGGAGUUUGUGUCCAAGUAAUUUAUAGUGACAGAUGACACUUCUUGUAAAACACUUUGGAUCUGCCACGUUAAGUGGUGCAUCUUUUGCCAGCCUCCAGAGGGGAACUCAGUUUAGGUAAAACCUCAUUGUAGUGAAGGCCAACAGAUAGGUUCUCUUGGCUGCUCCCUGCCUGGGGAGUAGUGUAUUAGAAACGGGGUCUUGUUGAUUAGCUCAGUGAGUGACCCUAGGGGAUGCUUGGUCCUUGUCCAUUUACUCACUCAGGAAAGAGGAAACAUGGGCACCGUUCUCUCAUUGGGGAGAGGGGUAAAUGCUGAGCAAAGGUGUUAUGGGUCUUGUCGUUGUUUUGUCACACAGCAGUGACAAGGUGAACAGGUUUCCUAUUCUUGGGCUGCAGGGCAGGAUUUUUAACCAGUGCACUCUGACAGCUUGUGCAGGACGGCUUUUCUUCUCUAGUUCAGAUGGGCCAGGAGUCAGAACCCUCCCAGCACUGUCUCAGUUUUGGCUGAUGGUUAACUAUUAAAAUGGGGUUUACGAACAAUCCUAUUUGUUUUCUUGCACUGAUAAAAUUAUGUCAGGCAAGCUUGAAUGACAGAAUUUUACAAGUUCUGUAGCUUAGUGAGUUUUCUAACUACAUUUGUUUAUUUCUCGUAAUUUUACUUUUUAUAAGACGCAAAAAACAUUUCUAAAAGCCUCUCUACCCUCAAAAUAUUUCUCACUGAACUGGCGCUCAUGGUGGUUCCCAGAAACUUCUGGGAGUGUAAGGUGCAUCACCAGGCAGAGCGAGUGUCAGUGCUGGGGACGGAUCUGCCAAGUUGUAGGAUCCAGCGUUUCACUUUGGCUUUAUCUUCAAGGAAACUCAGAAUUUACCCCCUCCAAUAAUAGUGAUGAUUUUGGUUGACACCCUGUAACUGCUUAUCAGCUCUUCUCAAGUGGCUUUACCUUUAAAUAAAUUCUUAAAAGGCACCUCAAAUCUCAUGUUUGAAAGAAUACAAUCAAUAAAAUCAGCACUCCUUUAACGAAGUUGUCUUAUUCCUUCCUCACUUCUGGCUUGCCUCUGCCUUGGGCUGGGGGCUGGGGACGAUUGUGACACCCAAGUUUCACCAAUAACUAGCCCUGAGCAGAGAUGGCCGUGAGGAAAGGGCUAGUCAUUUAUAUCUGAAAUGUGAACUGGAAGGAUAUCCCAAAUGCUUUAUCUUAUAUUCCUGCAUUAAUUACCCAUUGCUGCAUAUUACCCACACCUCAGUGGCUUUAGAACAUUCCAGUUUCUGUGGGUUAGGAAUCUGGCAUCUUAGCUAAGUGUCUCUGCCUCAAGGUUUCCCACCGGGCUGCCAGUAAGGUGGUGGGCCUGCUUCCAAGCUGUUUGUCUGCAGAAUUCCGUUUCUCACAGGUUGUACUGAGGGCCUGAGUCCUUGCUGGCUGCGGGCCUCUCCAUAGGUGUAUUCACCUGGCAGCUUACUUCCGCAGAGCAAGAGGGUACAGACAGAAGCUACAGCCCUUUUGUAACCUUAUCUCAGAAGUGACACCGUCAUGUUUUCCUUAAUCUGAUUGUUAGAACAGUCACAAAGUCCAGCCCACAUUCAAGGCAAGGGGACUACACAAGUGUGUGAAUAACAGGAGGUGGGAAUCGCUGGGGUGCUUUUAAAAGUAUUGUUAUUCAUAAUUACUUAAGUUUCUGCUGAAAUGGGUGUGUACCAGAAUGCUUUACUGGGACAAAGAUUAAAUUCUGCUUUAUUGGGACAAAGA